AUGGGAGAACAGAUAUUUGGGUGCUGGGUCUGGAUCCUGGUAGCCGCCACCCACGUGGCAAACCCGCUGCUGCAAGGAUGGGUGAUGUAUGUCUCCCUCACCUCCUUCCUCAUCUCUCUGAUGUUCCUGUUGUCUUACUUGAUCGGAUUUUACAAACGAUAUGAGUCCUGGAGAGUCCUGGACAGUCUCUACCAUGGGACCACCAGCAUCCUGUACAUGAGCGCCGCUGUCUUACAAGCACACGCCACCAUCGUUUCAGAGACUAAUGACCUGAACAACUACUUCAUCAACACCGCGGCCUCGUUCUUUGCCUUUGUCACCACCCUGGUCUACAUUCUCCACGCCUUCAGCAUCUAUUACCACUGAAGCAGCGGGGAGCCUGGCCAAGGGAAAAGUGCUCUUGAAAGCCUGGAUUACUGGCCCUCAAAUGCAGUGUUCAACAUUUGCCACUGGAUGACAAACAGAUCCAUGAAAACAUCCCUGGUCGUAACAGACCAUCUUUUCAGAUGGCAGGAUGAUACCACACUUUGGCCUAUUUCUUUGGACAUUCUAAUUCACUAGGGUGAAUUUGAGAAAGCUGUCAUCUUU